GGGCAAGGUGAGUUUGCUGGUUUAUGCUUUGUAAUCAAUGCGAGAACUUUACAUUUUAUAAAUGCCAGUUACCAUGGAGUAGUCCAUUGAAAACGUUCUUAUUUAAAAUGUUUGUCCUUGCAUCCUUCAAAAAAAAAAAAAAAGAAUCCAUGAAAAUAAACGCUCUCAGAAGAGACAUGUCCUUGGAUUAUUACAUGAUUUAUGUUUCACAGAAAUAUCUGACUGGAUUUGGGGAAUUCAGGCUGAGAUGCAAACAGCCAGCAGUUGGCUGUGAUCUUUCGCAGUGUUUUACUUUAAAAAGGUGUGGUCUUCUGAUAUCGCCUGCUUCUAAACUCCACGGGGGGCAUUUUUUCCCCCUUGUCAGACAGCUACACCCUUGCGUGAUGCAGUUUAGCUCGUAACCCAUCUGCUUGUGGGCAGUGAUGUAAACGUACCAGCUGCCUCUGAAGAACCACUCUGAAUCCUGCAGGAGGCAGGUCUCUUCCCCGAGCAUCGCUCUCCUCUGCAGCAUAAGUCACUGUCUCGCCAACCACGCUGUGCUGUCCCUAAACCCUCACAUCUACCCAUCUGAGAGUCAGAUCGAGUAAUCCUCUUACAGGUCAAUGAUUUUUGCAGUGUAGCUUCGUUUAAGGGAUUUAAGCUCGAUUCCUAAUGUGCUACCAUUGCGUUGAAAUGGAAAGGCUUGCUUAGAAGGGGCUUGGCUGGCACAAAAGCUUCACGUUGUGUGUCCCACCAGCACAGAGAGACAGUGGGAAGGAGGAAUCCUAGCAGCAGUGCCAGCCCUGCACUGAAAAUGAAGGCUCUCCUGUUACUGGUCCUACCUUGGCUAAGUCCUGCAAACUACAUAGACAAUGUGGGCAACCUGCACUUCUUGUACUCUGAGCUAUGUAAAGGAGCAUCCCACUAUGGCCUUACCAAGGAAAGGAAGAGGCGUUCCCAAGACUGCUCUCCAGACCACGGCUCCAGCUUGGCAGUAGCUGCCCUGGGCCCUGAGCUCUCAGCAGCUGCAGCCAUUGCCUUAAUGACAGAUGAGCCAGGGCUGGUGAACCCAGCCUUCAGCCCCACCUCAGAGGACAGCCAGUCGGGUAGCAGCCCCGGAGACCUGCAUCGUAGCAACCGAAACAGAACUCGACAUUUUGAACGCUCCACUAUCAGAAGCAGGUCUUUUAAAAAAAUAAACAAGGCAUUCAGUGUUCUUCGGAGGACAAAAAGUGGAAGCGCUGUUUCCAACCAGGCUGACCGGGAAAGGGAGGCUGUUGGAAACUCUACUGCUGGAGAGGAAGAUUCAGAAUGCUCCAUACAACCCCCGGUGACAAAACCACAACACUCUGUGGAAACACCUGCAAGAAUCACCAAAAACAAGACAGAAAGCUUACUUCUUUCUAGAUUCAGCAGCUCUUCGAUAUUUAAGGACUGGAAAUAUAAAAUGGUAAAGAAAGGUUUUCCCAGGUUGUAUCACCUGAUUCCAGAUGGGGAAAUUACCUGCAUUAAGAUCAACCGUACCGAUCCCCAUGAAAACCUGGCCAUUAGGAUUGUGGGAGGCAGUGAGACUCCUUUGGUUCACAUUAUUAUACAGCAUAUUUAUCGAGACGGGGUAAUUGCCAGAGAUGGAAGAUUGCUGCCUGGAGACAUGAUACUAAAGGUGAAUGGCAUGGACAUCAAAAAUGUGCCUCACAACUAUGCCCUGUCAAUCCUGAAGCGACCGUGCCAUGUGCUCCGACUGACGGUGCUCCGAGAGCAGAGGUACCGGUGCCGAAACAGUGGACUUCCCCUUGAUGCUCACUGCAAUAGGGAUGACAGUUUCCAUGUUGUGCUAAACAAAAGCAGUCCGGAUGAGCAGCUGGGAAUAAAGCUGGUCCGCAGGGCCGAUGAGCCAGGGGUAUUUAUUUUCAACUUGCUGGAAGGCGGCGUGGCUGCCCGUGAUGGACACCUUCAGGAGAAUGACAGGGUGCUGGCCAUCAAUGGGCACGACCAUCGGUACGGCAGUCCAGAGAGUGCAGCCCAGCUGAUACAGGCCAGUGAGAAGCAGGUUCACUUCAUCGUGUCGCGGCAGACCAGGCAGCAGCCCCCUGACAUCCUGCAGGAGACAGGCUGGAGUUACAGCAGUGCCAGCCCUCAGCCCUGUCCCACCGAGAGAAACAACCCCGGCAAGAGCACCCUUCAUGCUGUCACCUGUCAUGAGAAGGUGGUGGCUGUCCGGAAAGAUCACACAGAAUCGCUGGGAAUGACUGUAGCAGGCGGAGCAUCUAACCGGGAAUGGGAUUUGCCUAUCUAUGUGAUAAGCGUCGAACCUGGAGGAGUUAUCAGCAGAGACAGCAGGAUAAAAACAGGUGACAUCCUUCUGAACGUGAAUGGGAUUGAGCUGACGGGGGUCAGCCGGAGCGAGGCCGUCGCCCUGCUGAAGAACACCAACUCAUCGGUGGUGCUCAAAGCCCUAGAGAUAAGAGCAUGCGAAGCCCAGGAGGAGCAGGGCCAGCUGCCAGCCCCUGAGGCCAUGCAGGCGAGCUCCGAGAGCAGCGAGUGGUCACCUUCCUGGGUGAUGUGGCUGGGGCUGCCACGGUAUUUGUACAGCUGCAAAGAAAUCGUAUUACGAAGAAAUACAUCUGGAAGUCUUGGCUUCAGCAUCGUAGGAGGUUAUGAAGAACACACUGGAAACAAACCAUUCUUCAUCAAAUCCAUCGUUGGGGGGACACCGGCAUAUAAUGAUGGCAGAAUUAGAUGUGGCGACAUCCUCCUUGCUGUCAAUGGCAGGAACACAUCAGGAAUGCUGCAUGCCUGCUUGGCACGGAUGCUCAAAGAACUGAAGGGGAAAAUUACUCUCACAAUUGUGUCCUGGCCUGGCACUUUUUUAUAAAACAACUCUGUGGAGAGGAACAUCAGGUUUUGCUUUUGGGGGAGGUCAAGUAUGUAUUGAUAAAGAAAAGGUUUGUGAAAUUUCAAUCUGCAUGUCAAGAAAAGUCAAAUUUAGGCAAAGCAGGGACAUCUGUCAGAAAAUCACUUCGGAGUGAUUUGUUACAGACUUAAGCCUUUCCUUCCCCAUAUUCUUAAGGGUUUUUUUUGUUGUAUUUCUUUUUUAUAUAUAUAUGUAUAUUUAAUGCAUUAUAAUAAUACUGAAAUGUCAGGAGGAGCAGCUCCUGCUCACUCACUUUAUUUUGAUUUACAAAAAGAAAUCCUUGAAUAACUUACAGAACAAUUUCUUGCCAUUUUUUCUAGUUGCAAAAAUGAGGUGAAGGUUUUUAUCCAACACAGUAAUAGCACUUGGAUUAUGUGUAUCUUUUCAUGGUCAGCAUGAAGCUGGUAUUUUCAAGACUUUCAAGUACUGUUAGUCUGUAAAACUGUGAAUUAAAUUUCUAAAAUAAUUAAAAAAUAACUGUAACUGUG